AUGACGUCACAUCAUUCUCAAGCGAAAUUUCAAUUGACAGCGAGAUUCUUAUACACGUAUUUAAUGGAAGAGAACUUUCUCAGUGUUGAAUCAUCCAUUGAUCGCGACGUUCUUGCUACCCAGGUGGACAAAUCCCAUACUCGGAUCCGAUUGGAUCCUAUAUCGGUUUCUCUAAAAAUAACGCUCAUAAAAUUUGCAACAAAUGGCUGGAUUUUUCCAGUCGGAAUCCGAUCGGUUCUCAUAGGAUCCAACGUCGGAUUUGUUGACCUGGGUAUAGGUGCUCAUCGUGGUGGAAGAGAGUAUUCGAUUGAUCUGCUUUACGACAAGUAUAUAUUUUCAACAAAUUUUAAACGAUGCGGAGAUCAAGCAAUAUUCAAGAUGGAAAAUAUUCAAAUGAAAUUAUUCGAAACAUUAAAAUUCGAUUUGAAUAAAGAUGGUCGGUUAGA